UUCAGUGUUGAUCUCAUCCUUUCUCCAUUUCUUGAUUCUCGCACUUGUAGUGCUGCUCAGCCUGGCCAAAACAACUCCCUAAUGCUUGACAAAAUAAUUGGUGAGAAAAGAAGACGGAUACAAAUAACCAUAUUAUCAUACCACUCCUCAAUUGGUGUACGGAAGGAUGAACUAGUUCAUGGGUAUAUCUUGGUUUAUUCUGCCAAACGAAAAGCUUCCAUGGGGAUGCUCCGUGCAUUCCUGUCAGAAGUUCAGGAUACUAUUCCUGUGCAACUUGUAGCAGUCACAGAUAGCCAAGCAGACUUUUUUGAGAAUGAGGCCAUCAAGGAGCUAAUGACAGAAGGGGAACAUAUAGCCACUGAGAUUACAGCUAAAUUCACAGCUUUGUAUUCACUUUCUCAAUACCACCGUCAGACAGAGGUGUUUACCCCAUUUUUCAGUGAUGUUUUAGAUAAGAAAACUUUGAUAGAGAACUCUUAUUUGGCAGAAAGCUCCAGGGACGUUGGUCAACAAUGUGAAGAUGUUUUUAUCCACUCCCCACGUGGUAAUUCUCCAGCUUAUAGCUGCUAUCCCGAUUCAGAGGAUGAUACCGAAGCACCACCACCAUACAGCCCUAUUGGAGAUGAUGUGCAGUUGUUGCCAAAGGGUCGUUUGGAUAAUGAAGGAAAUGAGUAUCCAAUACAUAGUACUCCACUUAACGACCAUGAGCGUAACCAUAAAGUGCCUCCCCCUAUAAGACCCAAACCAGCUGCUCAGAAAUCAAAAGUUAAUAGAUUAGACCCAAACCUAGUAAAAACCAUUGAAGCUGGCAUCAGUAGGAACCCAAGAAAACAAGCUUCUCGUGUCCCCCUUGCACACACUGAGGAUUUGGAUGCUUCAGAUAACUACUCAGAACCAGUUGAUUCCAUAAACAAACCAAAAGACUUUGUCAAUGACAUCUACGCAAUCCCAGAUGAUAGUGCGAACCACUUAAUUAAAAUUCGCCACUUUUUUCCGAAUGCACAAGGAGAUGAGGAGAAUGGCAUAUCAGACGGGCCUUCAAGGGGUCAAGGAGAAAGGAGACCAUCAAAGUAUAAGUACAAGUCAAAAACUCUAUUCAGCAAAACAAAAUUAUACACUUACAGACGGACACAUUCAGAUGCCAGUGACGAGGAGGCAUUCACUACAAGUGGAAAAGACCGAAAGCGGAAACCAAAACACAGAGGAAGUGAAGAGGAUCCUCUGCUCUCUCCUGUUGACACUUGGAAAGGAGGCAUAGACAACCCAGCUAUCACCUCUGACCAAGAACACGAAGAGAGGAAGACAAAAAAGAAGGCACCAAAAGUGAAAGAAGAUAAGAAG